AUCGCUUUGAUCUAUCAACAUAUUACGGCCGAUGGCAUAUGCUGAGCACCUUCAGCGUUGUGCCUGAAAGUUAGAUACUGGUGUCUGUCACGAGCCGAGGGCACGGUGACUGCGCUUAGAUCGGCCACAAUGGCUGUCUCUGUUGAGCGCUCGCCCUUUUCUCAUCUUGAACGACCUAUACACACUCCUCACCCCAUGCCUAUCAAUUACGUACUUCUUGUUAGUCGCCAGGGCAAGACCCGCCUCGCAAAAUGGUUCACAACCAUGAGUCCCAAAGAGAAAUCCAAGAUCGUCAAGGAUGUCACUCAGCUCGUUCUUUCAAGGCGGACUAAAAUGUGCAACUUUUUGGAAUACAAAGACACAAAAGUCAUCUAUCGGAGAUACGCAAGUCUGUUCUUCAUUACAGGAGUUGAUCCGCAGGACAAUGAGCUCAUCACGCUCGAGAUUAUUCAUCGAUAUGUCGAAGUGCUGGAUCGGUAUUUUGGAAACGUAUGUGAGCUAGAUCUCAUUUUUAACUUUCAAAGGGCAUAUUUCAUUCUCGACGAACUUCUAAUCGCUGGAGAGAUGCAGGAGUCAAGUAAAAAGACCGUGCUCCGUGUCAUCACCCAAAUGGAUGCCAUGGAGGAAGAGGAAGCCAAUGAAGAAAAGAAAUAAACCCUUCGAUAUAUCGAAAGUCAUUCGAUAUCUUUUGCGAAUAAAAAAAUACAUACCCACAAGUGCGAUAACGAC